AGCGGAAAGCCCCGCCGUUCUCUUCAGAUCGGAGCGCUCCAACCGCUGCGCGCGCCAGCUAUCAGACAAUCAGGACCUGAACCUGCUGACAGCUAUGACCCUGCCGCUCACUCUACCUGGAUUAACCCUCAAGUAGCCGUUGUUUGUCGCCCCCCCCACAGCCCCCUCUGCCACCAUCACCGCCCGCAGCAGCAGCAGCCUCCUCACCGGCUCCUCCGUCCUGUUCCCCCAACCUCCAACUCUCACCUUUGUUCUGCGGUCAUGGGGUGCGUUGUGUCCUUUUUGCCUGGGCUGCUGACGGGCUUGACCGUGCUGUGAGGCGGAUAUCAGGUGGAUUUAUGAUCCGCAAAGCCGCAACUACCAGCCGAGGGAAAUUAGUGGAACUUUGAGCUCCGGGAGGAUGCAGGUGACGUGUUGGUGCGCCGUGUUCCUCCUGACGCCUGCACUUUGCCUGGUUACAAGUGCCCACGCCUCAAAGUCGGACAUUGUCAAGUCAGGAAGCCCCAAAUCCACACUAAAGCAUAUAUGGACAGAAAGCAGUAAGGAUAUGUCCAUCAGUAGGCUGCUGUCACAGACUCUACAUGGCAAAGAGAACAGCACAGCCUUGGACCUUCGCUAUGACACUCCAGAGCCCUACUCUGAGCAGGACCUGUGGGACUGGCUGAGGAACACCACAGACUUGCAGGACUCGCGGCCGCGGGCUAAACGGCGGCCAAUGGUUAAGACGGGGAAGUUCAAGAAGAUGUUCGGCUGGGGGGACUUCCACUCUAACAUCAAGACGGUCAAACUCAACCUUCUGAUCACUGGUAAGAUCGUGGAUCAUGGCAACGGCACCUUCAGUGUCUACUUCCGCCACAACUCCACAGGCCAGGGUAACGUAUCCGUCAGCUUGGUCCCUCCAACCAAGAUAGUGGAGUUCGACGUGGCGGCGCAGCAGUCUGUCAUCGACGCCAAGGACUCAAAGUCCUUCAACUGCCGCAUAGAGUACGAGAAGGUGGAGAAGGGCGCCAAGAACACGCUCUGCAACUUCGACCCGUCCAAGACCUGCUACCAGGAGCAGACCCAGAGCCACGUCUCCUGGCUCUGCUCCAAACCUUUCAAAGUCAUCUGCAUCUUCAUUUCCUUCUACAGCACCGACUACAAACUGGUGCAGAAAGUGUGCCCAGACUAUAACUACCACAGUGACACUCCCUACUUCCCUUCUGGCUGAUGUUCCCAUACACUCGCAUACAGAAAGUGGACGAGUGGAGCACAGACUGGGGCUUCUACCAUCCCAGAGAAAUGUGUAUGUUAGCCGUACUGUCCCUAAA